CAUGUGAUGCAUUUUAGUUUAGGUGCCAAAUCGAGCCGUGAACACCCCGAAUGCCUAUCCGCUUUACUAAGUCACCAUUGACCCCAUUUUCCUUUAACGGAGUAUCAGAUACUAUCUACUCUUUAGCGCCACCAUCUCACAACCAUUAUCACCACCAUCUCACAACCAUUAUCACCACCAUAAUUCUCUCUCUUUCUCUCUCCUCCAUUCCUUCUUCUUCCUCAACAAUGGAGAAACUAUGGCGUCCUGCCCUCAAAUCCAUCUUUCUCUCUCCUCCUAAACCCUCUCCUUCCGCCAUCAUCACGGCCUUCUCCUCCUCCUCUCGUCGCACUCUCACCACCUUAUCUUCUUUGUCCGUCUUUCUCUCUCCUGCUUCGAAUUUCGCCUCCUCCAAAACCCUAAAUCCGUCAAAACCCUCUUCCUUUUUGCUCCUCUUCUGCCGGGACUGUCGCUGUUUCUCGUCUGUUUCGCCAUUGGAUACCAAUAGGUUUGAGUGGAACGGGCCAAUUUCGUGUUCUGAGGUUGUUGAUGCUGUUUCUAUCGAUGAUACUGAUGAAAAUGGUGACGUAGAUACUCGCGCUGCUGUGCCUUUUUCUUCUAUACCAGGAUGGCUAGGAUGGCUGCAGUACAUGGACCAUUUGGUUCUCUGUUUGGAUCUCGUGGAUUUACUUCUUCUGCAAUUGAGAACCUUACGAUCAAGUCCUGCAAUCAUGUUCGUCGUGAAUGCUUUUCUUAGUACUCCUCACCCCAAAGGUUCAAAUAUGUUGCUCCUUGUGACGCAACCCAAGACAACAAGACUCAUUUGGGGGGUUUUGUAUCUUGGAUUGUUCGAGACAGAGAAGGUGGAAGAAUGAGUAUAGGAUACGAGUUCGAAAAGGGUGUCAAAGAUAUAAAUGUGCUGGAGCUUUUGGCCAUCUUUCGCUUUACAUCUUCUCGGCCAACCCUUCCUGGGAACUAUCUUAUUUGUUCUGAUUCCAGUGCUGCUUUAUUUACACUGUUAUUGAGGAAUAAAGGAAUUCCUGGGAAAAAUGCUGUGAUGAGCUACUGGGCAGACCGCAUCCUGGACAAUAUCUCAAGGAACUUUGACAAGGAAGUUUUGAUCGUGUGGGUCCCAAGGGAUUCGAAUCUACCAGCAAAUGCUCUGGCAAAUAUCGCAAAGUAUCUCUACUUGGACAGCCGUCAGGUGCAAAGUGCUGAUGAGCCUGAGAAGACUUGAAACCAGAUCAACCAGACAUAAGAGGAGGAAGACUUGAAGUUUUCGAAUGAUCUGGCCUGUUCUUAAAUCUUUAUACUCCUGCUAGGUUGAUGGAAUAGUUAGUUCACUGACAUAAAUCGUGCAAUGGAAAAAACUGGGACUUUUACUAUGGAAAGAAAGAAGCUCUUUAAGUUAGUUGGAAGCAAAUUCUAAUCUGGCAGAUGUGAUUCUUAAGCUUGGUCUUUUUGAAAGGUGAUAUUCACGCGUUAAUCCACAGUUUUCAUAUUCCUUGUGUGAAUAAUUUCUUUCUAACUUGACUGUUGAUUCAUUCGAUGGAAUGUAUGCUGAUAGAAGAGCAGCUGUAUGGAACAUUUGGUAGUUAUGAUUUGUGAGUAGCACUGUCAAAACGGUUUGACAGUUCGGUUUCGGUUCGGUUUGAAAUCGGUUCGGUAUUUAAUCGGGUCGGUUUGGAAUCGGUUUAAUUGUCUCACGGGUCGGUUUUGGUUCGGUUUAAAUAGUUAUCGGUUCGAUUCGGUUUCGGUUUAUUCUUAAGCGGUUUUAAUUCGGUUCGGGUUGUAAACAGUCCGGGUAGUAAACGGUU